AUGGAGUCAAGCUUAGCUACGUGUUUUCUGAGCCAAGGAUGCUGUUACGGAGAAGGGCUCAAUUGUAAGCUUGGGACUCUACGCUUCUAUCCCUCUCGUGCGCAUCGUUUCCUUCCGGCUUCUUGCAAAAUGCGCCACCGCAGUUCCCAAAAUAAGAGAUACCAAACCAAAAAAAUGUAUCGUCCUGCAAGAGCUAAUUUACCUGCAACUGGUGAUGACAGUUCUGGCCCAGCCAAAAUUGUCAAUAACAGCAUCCGAAGCUUAAAAAACUCGUCAGAUGGCCGUGAUAAAAUAGUACGAUCAGAGAAAAGAGAAAAAUCUUCCAAGAAUAAUGAUACAAGCAUGAAAGAUGAUGUAGAUGAAUUUGAUGCAUUAGCAGAAGCUGAAUCAAGAGGAAAGCUUUCUGAUAAUAGCUUCACAAAUUUGAACAGUUCUCCUCAGAGUGUUGAUUCAACUACAGAAGCGGAGCUUGCAAAUAAUGUAAACAGCUUGAUCUUACCUGUGGAGGAUGCAUUUCCGUUAAUUAUUGCAGAUGCUGAGGAUCAGCUUUCAAGUGUACGUCUUGAAGAUUUAAUUGGGAUGAUUAGAAAUGCACAGAGAAAUAUACAUCUUCUCAAUCAUGCACGAAUUCGAGCUCUUGAUGAUCUUGAAAGAAUUGCUGAUGAGAAAGAGGGUUUGCAGGCAGAGAUCAACAGUUUGGUGAUGAAACUUGCAGAAACUGAUGCACGGCUUAGAGUUGCUUCCCAGCAAAAGGUACAUGUGGAACUUCUGGAAGAUCAGUUGGAAAAACUGCAAAAUGAGCUAUCUAAUAGAGGGAUAUACGGGGGAAAUGUGCUGGGGGAGCACUCCUUGACAUCUUUUUCUGAUGUCGGUGGUGCCAAUGCCUUUAGUGAGGAAUUUAACCUUUUGAAAAUGGAAAAUUCAUCUCUCAAAAAUGAUCUGAAUGCCCUAAAAUCAGAGCUUAGUGGCAUUAAAGGAACAGAGGAACGCGUUCAAAUGCUUGAGAAAGAACGACUGGUUUUGCAGUCUGCUCUGAGUGAAUUGCAGUCUAAACUUGCUGCAUCUGAGGAGGAUGUUGCAAAAUUAUCUACCUUAAAGUCGGAGUGCAAAAGUUUAGAUGAAAAGGUGGAGGAUUUGCAGAAGUUACUUGAUAAGGCAACCAAGCAGGCAGAUCAGGCUAUUUUUGUACUGCAAGAAAACCAAGAACUAAGGAAGAAGGUUGACAAGCUUGAACAAUCUCUUGAAGAGGCAAAUGUCUAUAAGCUAUCAUCCGAAAGGUUGCAGCAUUUUAAUGAUCUAAUGCAUCAAAAGCUAAAAAUUUUGGAGGAGCGCCUUCAAAAAUCUGAUGAAGAAAUACAUGGUUAUGUUCAGUUAUAUCAAGAUUCUGUAAAAGAGUUUCAGGACACCCUUGAUAAUCUGAAGGAAGAAAGUAAAAAGAAAGCUGAAAAUGAGCCUGUUAAUGAUAUGCCUUGGGAGUUUUGGAGUCAGCUAUUGCUCAUGAUUGAUGCGUGGUUACUUGAAAAGAAGAUUUCUACAGAUGAUGGCAGGUUAUUGAGAGAAUUGGUGUGGAAGAGAGAUGGACGCAUUUGCAAUGCGUAUUUAUCGUGUAAGGAAAAGAAGGAAGAUGAAAUGAUAUCUACACUUCUCAGACUACUUUAUUCCCCUGAACGUUCAGGGUUACAUGUGAUUCACAUUGCUGCUGAGAUGGCACCUGUGGCAAAGGUUGGUGGUCUUGGCGAUGUGGUUACUGGUCUUGGCAAAGCUUUGCAGCAGAGGGGUCACCUUGUGGAAGUGAUACUUCCUAAAUAUGAUUGUAUGCAGUAUGAGCUGAUUAAAGAUUUACGGGUGUUAGAUGUGGUAAUUGAGUCCUUCUUUGAUGGCCAGUUAUUUGAGAACAGGAUAUGGACUGGAACUGUGGAAGGUCUUCCAGUGUACUUUAUCGAGCCCCAUCAUCCAGGAAACUUCUUUUGGAGGGGACAAUUCUAUGGGGAACGUGAUGAUUUUAAGAGAUUCUCAUUCUUUAGUAGGGCUGCUCUUGAGUUAAUUCUUCAAGCUGGAAAGAAACCGGAUAUAAUCCACUGCCAUGAUUGGCAAACGGCCUUUGUUGCUCCCCUUUAUUGGGAUCUUUAUGCACCCAAAGGUCUUAACUCAGCUCGCAUAUGUUUCACAUGCCACAAUUUCGAGUACCAAGGAACUGCACCAGCUGGGGAACUGGGAUCAUGUGGGCUUGAUGUUCACCAUCUGAACAGGCCAGAUAGGAUGCAAGAUAACUCUUCACAUGAUAGGGUCAAUCCCAUCAAGGGAGCAAUUGUGUUCUCCAACAUUGUAACUACUGUCUCACCAACCUAUGCUCAAGAGGUGCGGACUGCUGAGGGAGGAAAAGGUCUUCAUUCUACUCUUAACACUUAUGCGCGAAAGUUUGUUGGGGUUCUCAAUGGUAUUGACACUGAUGCAUGGAAUCCAGCAAGUGAUACUUUUUUAAAAGUGCAAUACAGUGCCUUUGAUAUUGAUGGAAAAGCUCAGAAUAAAGAAGCUUUGAAAAGAAAGCUGGGUCUUUCUUCUGCCGAUGUCAGACAGCCUCUGGUCGGCUGCAUAACAAGAUUGGUUCCUCAAAAGGGCGUGCAUCUUAUAAGGCAUGCCCUCUACCGAACACUUGAACUAGGAGGCCAGUUUGUUCUUCUUGGAUCAAGUCCUGUGCCUCAUAUUCAGAGGGAAUUUGAAGAUAUUGCAAACCAGUUCCAGAAUCAUGAACAUGCUCGACUCUUGUUGAAGUACGAUGAAUCUCUUUCUCGUUUAAUUUAUGCUGCAUCUGACAUGUUAAUCAUUCCCUCGAUCUUUGAGCCCUGCGGCCUUACCCAGAUGAUUGCAAUGAGAUAUGGUACUAUUCCGAUCGCAAGGAAAACAGGAGGCUUAAAUGACAGUGUUUUUGAUGUUGACGAUGAUUCUGUACCUGAAGAGUUCAGAAAUGGAUUUACAUUUUUUUCUGCUGAUGAACAGGGAUUCAACAAUGCCUUGGAACGUGCAUUUUCUUACUACAGGAACAAUGGAGAGUUUUGGCAACAACUUGUUGAGAAAGUCAUGAAGAUGGACUUCAGUUGGAACUCAUCUGCUGCCACAUAUGAGGAACUUUAUGAGAAGGCCGUGUCCAGGGCUAGGGCUGCCAAUCGUGCGACGUAA